AUGGCACCCAAGCGGAAGGCGGCAACAGCAGCAACGCCAGUCGCCCUACUGACUGAUAAGCAGGCUUUUAUUAGAGACAGGACCAGGUUUCACACUAAUGCUGGCGAGAGCGCAAAUGCUGCUGCAAAGUUGGGCGAAAAGGAGUGGCAGCAGCUCGGAAAUGCGGCUGCGAAAGCAGCGGCCGCGGUACUGAGCCGUCAAAAUUUGGCUGGUGUUGCCGUCGCUGCGCCUGCUGGAGGGGACGCCAAUAACCCUGUAGCUGGCCCGCCGACAAAGAUUGCGCAAACGGUAGAUAGGGAGCUUGCGAAAGACCGACGAAAACUUGCUGCAGCUGCUGUACUGGCGGACUUUGAGGGCAGACAUUGGAAGGGACAGCAAUACUUGGGCGGCGGAGCCUAUGGUCAUGCCCAUCUCUACCUGGAGUUGGACAAAGCAGACAGAAUCACCCAGAGACUCGUCGUCAAAGAUUCAUGGGCCGACACCCAGUGGUCAGAAGUCAGCUUCUGGUGGGGAGAUGUGCGAGACCCAACCACACGACUACCGGUCGAAAUUAAGUGCAUGGAUCUUACCAAAAAUGUACCCGGAUCAGAAGUGCUCGUUCAGCUGCGACACUUCAUCGUGUAUCCCGAGAAGCGGAGUUUCAGGCUAUACAUGUCCUACGCUGGGCAAGGAGACCUGGAAGCUGUGCGAAACUUGUACCCGGCGGCGACGAUUAGAUUGACCAUUCCAAGAAGAGGUAGAAACGCAUCGGCCACCGCUACAGCCGCCCCACACAAGUACGUACCAGAGGCCGCCAUCUGGAGCRUCUUCCAACAAUUGAAUCAAGCAUGUUUGGUGAUGGAGUACGGAAGUGCAGACGAGACGACUCGGCCUGAUGAAUGGCGUCAGAUUGUUCAUCGUGACUUGAAGACUGAUAAUAUCUUUCUUGAUGUCCCGGGCAAUGGUGAAGUAUACCCUCGUUGUGUUCUCGGAGACUUUGGUAUGGGCCUCAUAACCAGUGAAGACGAUGAAUUGAAUCCUCUCUUCUAUGGCGACGACUUUGGAACAGAAGGAUACAAGGCCCCUGAGCAAGUCUUGCGUUUCAACAUAAAGACGUUUGAUCCUCAGCCUCUCGCCAAACAGCUCGCUUGGACCAAUAUUUGGGCAGUGGGUGCUACUCUGGCACGGAUAAUGAGAGGCAAGCGAGUCAACAAACGUGGGGAAUUUGACGAAGCAGAGUAUCGCCCAAAAUACGAAAAGGGCCCAGAAGUGUAUAAGUGGUUUGAUACAGGUGUGGAAGGAGCAUACUCGUCAGAUCUACGUGAGCUGGUCUUAAAUUGUCUGGAGUACGAACCUACCGCUCGUCCCACGAAUGAGAACAUUCGAGACGAGAUCCGGAGGUAUCUCGAGAAGAAUCCACUGUCGGCCGAUCCAGCGCCUCUAGAGACCAAAGAGGACUUGUACAAAAUCGGGAUGACCUUUACGGAAACAAUGGUGGGAGAAGCCAAUUAG